AUGACGGAGCCAUUGAAAGAAAUGGGAUCAUCAAUUCGUAGUAAAUAUGAUGAAGAUGACACUCCAGCAUCUUUUACAAUUCUAAUUCGUACUUCAUCCAAUUCGUGUUCCGAUGGACCCGUUGAGAAGAUAUCAGUGAUGAUAAGAGAUGAUGAGGGACGGGCUACUGAUAAGCAGGCAUUGAGAUACUCCCAUACACAUUCGACUCCUUUUCAGAAGGGACAUACCGACAUGUUUGUGAUGACCAAUCAGCCAUCAUUGGGACCACUGACCAACUUCGAAAUUCAUUACGAUGGAAACAAAGAGCCACUUGGGACACCGUGGAAAUUCCAUACCGUAGUGAUUUUUCAUCACGAGAAUGGGCGUGUCUAUAAUUUUCAAACUGACGAGAAGCAAUCAUCGGAAUGCGUGUCAGUGUUGAUUUGUAAGGAUGAUGGAAUCCAGGCGAUGCCUAUCAAAUUGAGAGAUCCAUUUUUCUGA